UUCGUUGUUAUUAAUAUCGUUAACCUCUAAUCAGUUAUUGCGUACUUGAGGAAACGAAAGUAUGAAACUUGUAUUUGAACAUUAAAUUUCAAUUCAGGAAGUGAAAAUGUUUUAUAAGUCAAGCAUAAAACGUAAAAACUAAAUGGAUACAAUAAUAUCGUAACAGAGUUGUUUUUUUUUUUUAUUUAAGCCAUGCAAGCAUAACCUUAUAUUUCGGUAAAAAUAUGAAAUUAGUUGACAGAAGAAUCUCACGAAUAACGUGCUAAAAACAAUAAAUGCGAAAAAAGAUGUGUGACAAGUAUGUAAUUGGUUAUUCUAUAUCUGAAAAAAAGCGACAAAAAUUUAAUUGGAAUGAUUUUUAUAAUGUUUGCGAAUCAGAAGGGUUUCUGUUAAAAAUGAUUGAUAUAAACUCUGAUCUCGAACCUCAGGGACCAUUUCAUGUUUUUAUAUACAAAUUGACUGACAAACUAGCCCAUGCUGAAAACGGUGAUCAAAAUGCCAAAGCAAUCAUUUCAAGAAUACAAGAGUACUUUUGUCAGCAUCCUAAAAUAGUAGUUAUUGACCCAUUGGAAAAUGUUAAGAUUUUAAUAAACCGUUAUAAAUCAUAUGAAAUCUUACAAGAACAUGUACAGUUUAAUGAUGUAUUUACUCCAAGGUUUGUAGAAAUUAAAAGUAAGAGUAACGUUGAGAAUAUAUCGCUGUUGAAAAUGGCAGAUAUUAAGUUUCCGUUUCUUUGCAAACCGCUUAUCGCUCAGGGUUCCAGCGAUGCGCAUAAGAUGAUGGUGAUUUUUAAUGAACAGGGUUUGAAUGACUGUCAACCACCUUGUGUGGCUCAAGAAUUCGUCAACCAUAAUGCAAUUGUUUACAAAAUAUACAUAGUUGGUGAACAUUUUCAUGUAGUCGAGAGACCCAGUUUCAAAAAUUUCUACGCAGAAGACUGUACUGCAUUAAACACAAUAUUUUUUAAUUCUCAUGAUAUAUCUAAGAGUGGUUCUAGAUCUAAAUGGUCCAUUCUUUCGGAAGAAGACAUUCCAUUAACGGUAAAACCGAAACAUGAAACGUUAGACAAAAUUGUCAAGAAAGUUACGGAACUCUUUGGACUUCUUUUGGUUGGGGUGGAUGUUGUUAUUGAGAAUCACACUGGAAAAUAUGCGAUAAUAGAUGUUAAUGUGUUCCCUGGAUAUGAUAGUUAUCCGAAUUUUUUUGAACAGUUAAUAAGCUGUAUCAAAAAAUUGUUGGCUAAACAGACAGAGUCACAGCAGAAUUCUAAAAGUUACACCUUAAAAAAAUGUUUGAGCGAUGAUUUAGAUUCUGGUUUUGAAAGUGACGAGAAGAAAAGGAGUGUUUUACAAAGGCAAAUAAGUAAUAUGAAUAACAAGCAAAAUAAAAGAACAAAUACUAUAUCUAACUGAUAUUCUGGUUCACUGUAUUCUAACAAGUACAAAGGGGAAACAUUUAAAAGAAAACAAUAGACCUUUUUUAUAAUGACGCCGUUUAUAUUUACUUUUUAAGAUACCUUAAGCUGUUAUAGCAGAUCUGCGUUUUAUUAGAUAUUUAUUUCUCGUCUUCAGUUAAUUUUUUUCUACCUACACAGCUGUAAUAAAUAGAACUGUUUUUUUUUUGUACUGUCUACAUCGAAACUUUUUAAUAAAUUUGCCCACUGUGGUACGAAACGCAUGACUGCCAAAGAA